GUCCCGGCUCCCGCGGCCGCCGCGCGCCCCUCCCCUCCGCUCCCCUGCCCGGUCUGGCCGGCCCCUUCCCGCUGCCGCCUCUGGAGGAGCCGGUCCACCGCGGGUCACCAUGCCCAGCAAAACCAAGUACAACCUUGUGGACGAUGGGCACGACCUGCGGAUCCCCUUGCACAACGAAGACGCCUUCCAGCACGGCAUCUGCUUCGAGGCCAAGUACGUCGGAAGCCUGGAUGUGCCGAGGCCCAAUAGCAGAGUGGAGAUCGUGGCGGCCAUGCGCCGGAUACGGUACGAGUUUAAAGCCAAAAACAUCAAGAAGAAGAAGGUGAGCAUUAUGGUUUCAGUGGAUGGCGUGAAAGUGAUUCUGAAGAAGAAGAAAAAGCUUCUUUUAUUGCAGAAAAAGGAGUGGACGUGGGAUGAAAGCAAGAUGCUGGUGAUGCAGGACCCCAUCUACAGGAUCUUCUACGUCUCUCAUGAUUCCCAAGACCUGAAGAUCUUCAGCUAUAUCGCCCGAGAUGGUGCCAGCAAUAUCUUCAGGUGUAACGUCUUUAAAUCCAAGAAGAAGAGCCAAGCCAUGCGCAUCGUGCGGACGGUCGGGCAAGCCUUCGAGGUCUGCCACAAGCUAAGCCUGCAGCACACGCACCAGAACGCAGACGGCCAGGAGGACGGCGAGGGCGAGAGGGACGGCAGCAGUUCGGGGGAGCCAGGCCGCCAGCUCACUGGAGCCGAGAGGGCCUCCACGGCCACCGCAGAGGAGACGGACAUCGACGCAGUAGAGACCCCGCUCCAGGGGAACGAUGUCCUGGAAUUCAGCCGAGGUGUGACCGACCUUGACGCCGUAGGGAAGGAAGGAGGUUCCCACGCAGACCCCAAGGCUUCCCCCCACCCCCAGGAGCCCGUGCUGGCAGCCUCGCCCAGGAUGCUCCUCCCCUCCUGCCCCUCGCAGCCCCCAGGCCUGGGCCCGGGGACGCCUCUGUCCUCCCACCACCAGAUGCAGCUCCUCCAGCAGCUCCUCCAGCAGCAGCAGCAGCAGACGCAAGUGGCUGUGGCCCAGGUUCACUUGCUGAAGGACCAGCUGGCUGCCGAGGCCGCCGCGCGGCUGGAGGCCCAGGCCCGAGUGCACCAGCUCCUGCUGCAGAACAAGGACAUGCUCCAGCACAUCUCCCUGCUGGUCAAGCAGGUACAGGAGCUGGAGCUGAAGCUAUCGGGACAGAGUGCGAUGGGCUCCCAGGACAGCUUGCUGGAGAUCACCUUCCGCUCCGGAGGCCUGCCGGUGCUCUGCGACCCCACCACCCCGCAGCCGGAGGACCUGCCCUCGCCGCCCCCGGGCGCGGGCCUGGCCGAGCUGGCGCACCCCGCCGGCAGCCCCCUAGUGGACCACAGCAUGUUCGAGAACUUGAAUGCGGCCCUUCCUCCAAAGCUGCAGCCUGGCUGCUCCCUCCCCCACCUGUCCAGGCUGACGGCCCCCGGCUCUGCCGCCCCGGGGUCUGCGGAGCCUGGGGGGCCGGGGCUCCGGGUGGGUGGCAGCCAGCACCUCAAGAACCUGGGCAGAGCCGUGGGGGCCAAAGUUAACGACUUCCUGCGGAGAAAAGAGCCCUCGAGCCUGGACGGUGCGGGCGCCAUGGAGAUCAACAGGCCGGCGGGGGCGCGUCUGGACGGCGGGGCCGUGGAGGCUGACAGGUCAGCCCUGCAGGACGCGUUCCCUCGGCUGGACCCCCCGCCUCCCAUUACCAGGAAGCGAACCCCUCGUGCCCUGAAGACCACGCAGGACAUGCUGAUCUCGCCGCAGCCAGUCCUGAGCAGCCUGGAGUACGGGACAGAGCUGCCUCCUGGGCAGCCCCGGGAACCCGCCGCCCAGCCCGACGUUCCCACGGAAACGGCAGAGAGGGGCGAGGCUCUGCCCAAUGGAGAGGUCUCCCUGUCAGUGCCCGACCUGAUCCACCAGAACAGCCAGGACGAACCCAAACCGAAGAUAACUGAGUGCAGAAGGGCCUCCUCCCCUGGUCUCCUCGAGAGGAACGGCCUCAAGCGCAGCCUGAGCCCCGUCCGCCUGGCCCAGCCGCCGGAGGACAGUGGCCCCCCGCCUCGGGCACGGACCUCCAGCCUUGACAAUGAGGGCCCACACCCAGACCUGCUGUCCUUUGAGUAGGGCCCCUUCUCCCUGCCAGGCACCCCCUUCCCCUCUGCCGUCUCUGUCCCUGGUGCCCCUUGGCCCUUGCCCCCGCUCCGCGUGCCCUUUGCCCCCUUGUGCAGAGAUCAGAGCGCCGAUCCGGGGCCAGGCUCCCUGAGUCACCCUAGUUAGAGCCUCUGUCUGCCGGAUGCUAAAGGGCUGGGCUGUGGCUCCCGAGCCUCAUUUUCUAGAAGCUCCCCCCACCGGGGGCCAGCUGCCACACUGGGGGAUGGGAGCAUCGCUGUUCCCAGGCAGCCCGGACUUCCCACUGGCCUGCAGGGCCACCAGCCCGGGAUGAAGGAUCUUGCAGGAAUGGUCUCUGCCUGCCCCCCACAUGCCACCUAUGCCCAUCCCCCCCCCACUCUUCUCCCUUCACACCCUGGUUCUUUUCUUCUGCCUCUGGUGGGGGCAUCGGGCCGAAUGGAGAAUUGAUGGGUUGGGCUGAUGACGGACCCAGACCUGGAAAGCCACACACCCUGCUCCUCCUGGUCCCAAGACCGUGUGUUGUCCCCUCGCCUCUACCCUUUGGGGGCCUGAGACCUGGGCGCAGCCUUGUCGCCAGGGGUUGUCAGGGCAUUUUCCACCUGCCCUGUUGGGGGACACACCAGGCCCCCCCGGGGCCGACCACUGAGAAGGCGCUGGGGAAAGCCAUGCGACCAGCCGCUAGUGGGCUCCGUGCACAGAAGGAAAGGCCAGGGCCCCCCUUGCUGUGUGUGAGGACAGGGCGAGGUGGGCCCCCGAGGAAGCAGAGGAAGCAGCUGAGCAGAUUAGCACCUUGCUUUGGGGGGAGGGCCCAGGAACUUGGCCUCCAGGGAGCCGGCCCCAGGAGAACCCAGAGCAGAAGUCACAGAGAAGACAGGGUGAGGACAGAGAAGACUUUGAGGGAGUGCCCACAGCCUGAAAUGAUGCGGCUCUGGGGUCUGGGCGUGGUGAGUGCGAGAGCCAGAGUGACCAGGGAGACUGGGAACGAGGCACAAAGCCACCUUCCACUGGGCAGGAGGCGCUGUGUUCUGCUAAGUUGCCCGGGUCUCCCUGGAGAGGCCUCCGCCCUGCCUUUCCCUGCCCCGAUGCCGCACGGUCCUCUCGCUCCCUGCCUUUGGGAUCUAUGUCAGGGACUCACCCGGUUCAUCGUGCCCUCCUGGCUUUACCCAUUUUAUGUUCCUCUGUCCCACCAGGAGCCCCCGUCAGCGGGGCGGGGCGGGGCGGGUGAUCCCAGCCCUGGGGGCCUUUGCAGCGAGAAGAUUUGUUGAACAGGGUGGCCGGCUCCCCGGGCGAAGGCAGGUGCAGCAUGGCCUGACAGACUGUCGGGUUGUCUUCCCCCUAGGGUUCCUGCUGCCUCCCCUCUUCUGUCCAUCGUUCAGCUGCCCCCUCGCCGCCCCCCACAGUGCUCACCUCCCAUCACCCAGCUCCUCCUGCCCACCCCCCCAGGAGAAACAUCCAAGCUAACUCCUGUAGGCUUGGAAACCUGCGGGUGGCGGGUGGGGGGCUGCCAGGAAGCUGGUUGCCCUUCCUGCGUCCUUCUGCAGCGACUGCGACCUUGCCACAGCUUUCCCACCCCGUCUUUCGUUGCUCUGGAAAGCAAGGCUUCGCUGCGUUUUCAUAGCGGAGCCUCGUGUCCCCCACGAGGGUCUGCACAUGUCGGGCACCCUGCGGGCCGUGGUGCAGUGGGCAGUGACUGGAGGUCUAGGUCCUGGCUCAAUGCCAAGAACGUCACGACGAUGUGCUAACCUGACCCCGAGGCUCAAAAGUUCUCGGGACCACAUUUGGAGACCUGUGAGUUUUCCCAGAAUGGCUUGGAGUUUUGCACGAGACACAGAGCAGGAGGGGGUGAGGGCAGAGAGCCGAAACACAUUUGCUGGGAGUUCACACAGCUCCACGAGAGCCUCCGUACCGGAAGCUCGGUUUGCUUCUCUGGUGGGGAACUCGGCAGGCCCUUGUGCUCUGGGGCUCCUCCUCCGGAGAUCGGGGUGGCCCCGGCCAGGUGAUGGGGGCAGCCGUGUGUGCAGAGGUUGCAGGCCCGGGCUGGCUUAGGCACCUUGCUCUGCACACCCCACCCGGCCACUGCUGAGGUCCUGGCCCUCAGAUUCAGGGUUAGCACGGGAACACUACCAGCUUGUCCCCGUGCCACGGCCAGGAUGACCCCAGAGUUCUCUGGACUCGUGUCUGCUGCCAAACGAGGCUCCGAUCUUCGGCCUCUCUGUGAUCUCUACCCUGGCCAUUGUCCUCCAGCCGAGGCGAUGCUGCCACCUGGGGGAGGGGGGUCGAGCCUGAAAUCCCGUCCUAGGUGCUGCAGACACUACCCGGUGCUAGGGGCUAAGUGCCACCCGGGACAGCAGCAGGGGCAACUUCCAAUCCUGCUGAGGGCCUGGGCGAAGACCAGUUCUCCAUCCAAAGCCCCAUUUGGCUUCCCAUGUCUGUCUCAACAGCCUGACCUUCCUGUGAUCACAGCAUGGCAACCGGCACCCCCCCACACACACACACACACCCAGCUUCUCUGGG